AUGCCUACCUUCUACCCCUCAAUCCCCCCCGACCUCCGCGAUUGGGCCCUCCGCCAGAGCGUCUUCUUCGUCGCUUCGGCGCCCCUGCGCGGCCGCCACAUCAACCUGUCACCCAAGGGCCUCCCAGACUCCUCCUUUGCCAUCCUCGGUCCGAACGAGGCCGCCUAUGUGGACGCCACAGGCUCCGGAAGCGAGACGAUCAGCCACGUCCGCGAAAACGGCCGCCUUACUGUCAUGUUCUGUUCGUUCGACCCGACCCCGCGCAUCCUGCGGUUCUUCUCCACGGCCGAGGUGAUCGAGUGGGACGAGCCCCGGUUUGCGUCGGAGCUGGCGCGCAUGGGCGGGAAGAGGGUGCUGGGGGCAAGGGCGGUUAUUCGUCUGGAUGUUUUCAAGGUCCAAAGGUCCUGCGGCUACGGCGUCCCCUUGCUGGCUCUCACGCCCGACCCAGAGCCCAGACCGUAUCUGAAGGACCGUGAGACGAUGGGCCACUGGGCCAGCAAGAAGGUCGAGGGUAAUGUGCUGCACGAGUAUCAGCGGCUGAAUAAUAGCGCCAGUCUCGACGGGCUACCGGGGCUGCGUAGCGCGUUGAAAGACGCCGGUCGGUCGGUCUGGGCGGCGCGACUGGGGAAUUGGGCGAGUCGACAUCGCGAUGAGAUCGAGAUGGUCAAAUCUGUGGUGCUUAUUGUGUUGUCAACAACCAUGAGCUCCCGUCCCGUCCGUAUCGCCGGCGCCUCCGGCUCCGCCUCAGACCGGCGCCAUGCCAUCGUCGAGUUCGCCCGCAAUUAUCCCCAGGACCCCGUCGACGUCAUCAUCGCCGACUUCAUGAGCGAAGCCAACAUGUCCACGGGGGCCGCGCGCCGCAUCGAGUCCGACCGGCAAGUCGCCGCCGGCCUAGAGCCCACCGCGCCGGGCUACGAGCCGGCGUUUUUGCUCGCGCUGCAGCCGGCCCUCCAUGAUCUGGCAAGGUACGGCAUCAAGCUGGCGGUCAAUGCGGGGAACACAGACACAGAAGGGCUGUACAAGGCCGUGACGAAGAUGGUGCAGGCGAAGAAGCUGGAUUUGAAGGUGGCCUGGGUGUCUGGAGACGAGGUCCUCUCCACCGUCAAACAGGCCCUGUCCUCGGGGAAAUCGACAUUCAAAAACGUCUACACCGGGGAGACCCUGCGCGACUGGUCGUUCGAGCCGAUCUACGCCCAGUGCUAUCUCGGCGGACUGGGCGUCGCCGCUGCCCUCGCCCAGGGCGCCGACAUCGUCCUCUGCGGCCGCGUCUCAGACGCCUCCCCCGUCAUUGGCGCCGCAUACUGGUUCCAUGGCUGGACCCGCGACGACCUGGACCAGCUGGCGAAUGCAUUCGUUGCGGGCCACCUCAUCGAAUGUAGCAACUACGUCUGCGGCGGCAACUUCACCGGCUUCAAGACGCUCGAACACCUCGGCCCAGCCGGCUGGUCCAACAUCGGGUAUCCCAUCGCGGAGAUCUCGCCCGACGGCAGGGUCAUCAUCACCAUGCAGUCGUACGCCACGGGCGGCGCCGUGACCGUCGACACCUGCUCGUCGCAGCUGCUGUACGAGAUCCAGGGCCCGUGGUACUUCAACUCGGACGUCACCGCCAUCCUAACAGACAUCCACUUCGAGCAGCUGGGCACGAACCGCGUCGCGCUGCACGGCGUGCGCUCGGCGCCGCCGCCGCCCACCACCAAAGUCGGCGUGACCGCGCGCGGCGGCUUUCAGGCCGAGGCGUCGUGGUUCCUGGUCGGGCUGGACAUCGACGCGAAGGCGCGCAUGCUGGAGGCGCAGCUCCGCCGCCUGCUCGCCCCCUACGCGGCCAACUACACCGCGCUCAAGUUCUCGACGCUGGGCUCCGCGCCGGACGACCCGCGCUCCCAGGACGCCGCAACCGUCACCGUCCGCGUCGUCGUGCAGGCCCGCACGCCCGACGCCAUCGCCCCCAACAACUUCCUCCGCCAUAUCACCGACAACAUCAUGCAGGGCUACCCCGGCGCCACCUUCCACCUCGACCUGCGCCAGGGAUUCCCCAAGCCCGUGUACGAGUACUACGUGAGUCUCCUGCCGCAGGCGGACGUGCAGCACCGCGUGCACCUCCCCUGGAAGAACCAGACCCUGGACGUGCCGCCGCCCCCAGUCACGCGCGAGUAUCCGGCGCGCCAACCCUCGCAGGCGGUCACCACCGCCCCCGGCACGCGAGACGUCGACUUUGGAGCGACGGUCCGCGGGCCGCUGGGCUGGAUCGUGCACGCCCGCUCCGGCGACAAGGGGCCCGAUGCGAACUGCGGGUUCUGGGUGCGUCAUAGCGACGAAUACCUCUGGCUGCGGUCGUUGUUGUCCACUGCGCGCAUGAAGGAGCUGCUCGGGGAGGAGUAUAAUUCCAACCCGCAGCUGCAGAUUGAGCGGUUCGAGCUGCCCAAUCUCCGCGGCGUGCACUUUUUGUUCCGGAAUUUGCUGGAUCGGGGCGUCGGCGCGACGACGACUGUCGACUUUUUGGGCAAGAAUGUUGCGGAGUUCUUGCGUGCCAGGUGGGUGGAUCUGCCGGUGAAGUUCUUGAAUCGGGGGAAGUUGUAG